UCAGGUGGGACUCCCCAUGAUCCUCCCCUCACCCUUCACCGCCACUUCUAGGAGGGGGAGACUUGGACGGUGGCAAUGGGCGCAGGAGGCCCCCGACGGGGCGAGGGCCCCCCAGAUGGUGGCUGGGGCUGGGUGGUGCUGGCCGCCUGCUUCGUGGUCACCGGCUUCGCCUACGGCUUCCCCAAGGCCGUGAGCGUCUUCUUCCGAGCGCUCAUGCGUGACUUUGGCGCCGGUUACAGCGACACAGCCUGGGUGUCCUCCAUCAUGCUGGCCAUGCUCUACGGCACGGGCCCGGUGUCCAGCAUCCUGGUGACCCGCUUCGGCUGCCGCCCGGUGAUGCUAGCGGGUGGGCUGCUGGCCUCGGCGGGCAUGGUCCUGGCCUCCUUCGCCACGCGCCUGGUGGAGCUGUACCUGACGUGCGCUGGGCCUGGUGCUGCUCCUGGAAGCCGUGGCUGUGCUCAUCGGACCGCCCACUGCCGAUGGAGCGUCCUGGGACGAGAGACAGCCUGGUGGGCGGACUCCCCUUUAUGGCCAACUAGCGCCGCCCCCAAGCGGGACCACCAGCUCUGGGCGGGGACCGAAAAGCAAGGGAAGGUGCCAGGAGGAAACCAACACCGACAGCUGUGCCCGGGCAGCUGGCACAAAGGCCUUGUGAGAUACCCCGCACCGAGCAAGUCACAGGACGUUGGCCCUCACCUCCUCAUCUCACCCUCCGCCCCAGGCCGCUUGGUGGAUGCACUGAAGAACUACGAGAUCAUCUUCUACCUGGCCGGCUCUGAGGUGGCCCUGGCGGGGGUCUUCAUGGCUGUCGCCACCAAGUGUUGCCUGCGUCGCUCUAAGAAAGCUCCGUCAGGCCCAGGCACUGAGGGUGGGGCCAGCGACACUGAGGACGCUGAGGCCGAAGGGGCCCCUGAUCCCCUGCCAGCCGUUUCAGAGGAAGCCUGCAGCCUUGAAGCCCUGGAAGUGCUGAGCCCCCGGGCCACGGUCCAGGAACCAGAGGUGGAGGCAGAGCCGCGACUGGCCCCUGAGUCUGUGUAG